AUGGCCUUCAACGUCUUGACAACUAACGCGGUCGAGUUGCAGCAAUUACUCCAAGAAAACAAGAUCACGAGCGCUCAAAUUGUGGAAGAGUAUUUGACACAAAUUGAUCGCUAUGAGCCCAGACUCAAUGCUUUAAUCUCACCUGCCCCUCUUGAUAAGGUGCUCAAGAUAGCCAAAGACCUGGAUGAGGAACGCCAGAGAGGUCAAGUCCGCGGCCCAUUUCAUGGAAUUCCUAUUAUUUUGAAGGAUAGCUUUGUCACAGCCUCGGAGCUUGGAAUGAGCACCACGGUUGGAUCUUAUGCAUUUGUCGGAGCCAAGGCGUUGAAGAACGGCGCUAUCACUCAGCGAUUAAUUGAUGCAGGCUUGAUUAUCCUAGGAAAGGGUAACAUGACUGAAUUUGCGGGUAUGAAAAUGACGAUGAUGAUGCCUGGCUGGUCUGCUCAUGGUGGUCAGACUCUAUCACCGUAUAUUGGGAAGAUAGAGGAGAAUGAGAAAAUACUCGGCCAUUCAGCUCCCGGAGGCUCAUCUACUGGUUCUGCAGUUGCUGUAGCUGCGGGAUUCAGCCCUCUUGCUAUGGCUACUGAUACUAUUGGUUCUAUCGUGACUCCGUCAACACGUGCUGGGCUAUAUGCACUCAAGCCUACUACUGGGGUCCAGGAUACGACUGGGCUAUAUACUAUGACAGAUUUCUUCGAUAGCCCAGGUCCUAUGGCAAAGUCGGCUGUUGAUGUUCGCAUGCUUUCUGAGAUCUUACUUGGUCGCCAGCUUAGCUCCCUUGAACUAGGCCCCUGGGAAGGUCUUUCAGUGGGAUUUCUAGACCCCAGUAUUUGGUGUAUGUCACCGGGGCUUUGCCCCCAAUUUGAGGGUACAGCAGAGCAAAUGAUCGAAGAAUACGAGGAGAGUGUUUCUGCUUUACGACGGGCAGGCUGUCUUCUCAAGGACGAAAUCUCUUGCAAGGAUCCCUCGGUCUUGCCAACCACUAUAUUACCGAUUGCAUAUUGGGAUUUUAAGAAUCUCUGCAUUCCCAGAUUUGUGGGUUCGUUUCACGACUGCUCUAUGACAAGCGUUGACGAUAUCGUCAAAUUCAACAAGGAAAAUGCGGAAAAGGCUCUUCCAUAUCCGUUUACUGAACAGAAUGAUCUAGAAAACGCAAUGGAAACCACGGACAACAAGGAUCACAUAGAUGAUCUGAAGAAGAAUCUUCGAAAAGCAGCACGGGAUAUUCUAGAUGACGUUUUCGAAAAGGAGGAGGUCAACAUCCUGGCAGCUCCGGGAGACUCCUCGCUGUGUAUACAUGCUGCCGCUGCAGGGUAUCCUAUUGCGACAGUGCCGAUAGGGCAACUUCGUUACAAUUCUCGGCCGUUCGGUCUAUGUCUGGUGGCCAAGGCAGACGAAGAGAAGACCUUACUGCAAUUCAUGGAGGCAUACGAGAAGGUUGCUCGACCUCGUCCGGUUCCGAACUUU